GGUUUCACCGGGCUGGGGUCGAAAGGGGGAGGGUAUCGGUGUCCUGCGGGAUUUCUCAGUGUGAGUGUGAGCGCCAGAGCAGCAACAUGAGUGGACGAGUGGGAGACCUGAGUGAGAAGCAGCUGGAGCUCUUGACCGAGUUCCGCUCCAGAACUCAGGACCUUCUUCCAGAGCUGCCAGAACAACAUGACCACUUCCUGCUGCGGUGGUUGCGAGCUCGGAACUUCAACGUGUCGAAGGCGGAGCUGAUGAUCCGCAAGCACAUGGACUUCCGGCGCCAGAUGAAGGUGGACUCCAUCGUUUCUGACUGGACCCCUCCCGAGGUGAUCCGCCGCUACAUGUCCGGCGGGAUGUGUGGCUAUGACCGGGACGGGAGUCCGGUGUGGUACGACGUGAUCGGACCUCUGGACCCACGAGGACUCCUAAUGUCGGCAUCCAAGCAGGACUGCAUCCGGACCAAGAUUCUCAACAUGGAGCUGCUGCAGCGAGAGUGCAGGAGGCAGAGCUGCCAGUUGGGGAAGAACGUGGAGUCAAUCACCUUGAUCUACGACUGUGAGGGACUGGGACUGAAGCACAUCUGGAAGCCUGUGGUGGAGACGUAUGGAGAGAUCCUCACCAUGUUUGAAGACAACUAUCCAGAAGCACUGAAGACAGUUUUCAUUGUCAAAGCUCCCAAGAUGUUCCCGAUGGCCUAUAAUCUGAUUAAACACUUCCUGUGUGAGGAGACCAGGAGGAAGAUCCAGGUGCUGGGAGGUAACUGGCAGGAAGUUCUCUGUCAGCACAUUGAGCCCUCACAGUUGCCAGUGGUCUAUGGGGGAACCCUGACCGACCCGGACGGAGACCCUCGCUGCAGGACCAUGAUCAAAUGUGGUGGAACUGUCCCCAAGUCCUACUACAUCCAGAACUCGGUGCAGGUCCAGUACGACCACAGCGUCACAGUCAGCCGCGGCUCGGUCCUCCAGCUGGAGUACGACGUCAGUGUGGCCUGCAGUCGGCUCAGGUGGCAGUUUGCCAGUGACGGCGCUGAUAUCGGUUUCGGCGUCUUCCGCCGCUCCUCGGACCGACAGAAGACACUGCUGCAGGUUCUGCCCAGCGAGCGGUACAACGCUCACCUGGUUCCGGAGGACGGCGGAGUGACAUGCGAUGAGCCCGGAGUGUACAUGGUGUGUUUCGACAACAGCUACAGCUUCCUGCAGUCCAAACGGGUCAGCUACACGGUGCUGGUUCUGCCUCCUGCACACGUGCCCUUGUCUGACAGCGUGGGGGGCACUCAGUGACCUGGACAUCCCAUGUCUCCAGCCCACAGUCACACGGGUCAUAGGCCAUGUCAGAAGACCAGCAGCGCGGGUGUCACAUGACCCUGUUGUGAUCAGGCCUUUUUGGUCACGUGUCCAUGUUGAAUAAACUUCAUGCAGUUUCUCAUCGUGGAUAAGCAUGCAGGUCUGUUCGCUCUUUGUUCC